AUUUCUCAGGUUUCUAGCUUCACGGCGGCUGGGAUGUUAGCUUGUUUUCUUGGGCGCUCCUAGCUCUUUUCCAACCUCUCUGUUAACUACCCGAAGCUUCCCUCAGAAAACAAUGGCCGAGGAGGCCGAGGGUUCCCCUCUGUCGUCCCAGCAUGACGAGGUGCUUCAGCAGCGAGUGGCCACUCUGGAGCAGGAGAAGGCAGAGUUUAUUCAGUUCAAGCAGCAGCUCGAGGUCGAGUUCAACCAGAAGCGAGCCAAAUUCAAAGAACUGUUCCUGUCCAAGGAAGAGGAACUUAAGAGACAAACCGUGGCGCUGGAGAACUCCCAAAGUGAGCUGAGCUCCUUACAGGCCCAGCUGGCUCAGGCCCAGGCCGAGAUCGAGACCAUCAAAGCUGUGGCCACUGUGUCGGAAAACACCAAGCAGGAAGCCAUCGACCAGGUCCGCAACCAGUGGCAGGAGGAGGUGGCCUCGCUGCAGGCCAUCAUGAAAGAUACAGUGUGUGAGUAUGAGGUCCAGUUCCACCAGCGCCUGGAACAGGAGCGAGCCCAGUGGAGCCAGUACAGAGAGGCCAUGGAGAGGGAGCUAGGGGACUUGAGACGUCGCCUCACAGAGGUCCAGGAGGAGGAGAAUUUGGAGGUUGAAAUGAAGAAGGCCCAGGAGGAUGCAGAGAAGCUGCGCUCUGUGGUGAUGCCCAUGGAGCAGGAGAUCACAGUCCUGAAGGCCAAGCUGAGCACCGCCGAGGAGAGGGUGAAGGAGCUGGAGGCCUCGAAGGUGAAGGAGCUCAAUCACGUCCUGGAGGCUGAGAAAUCGUGUCGUACGGACCUGGAGAUGUAUGUGGCUGUGCUGAACACGCAGAAGUCUGUGCUGCAGGAAGAUGCUGAGAAACUACGCAAAGAGCUCCAUGAUGUUUGCCACAAGCUAGAACUGGAGCGGCAGCAGCACAACCAGCUGAAACAGACGUGGCAGCGGGCCAAUGACCAGUUCCUGGAGUCGCAGCGCCUCCUGAUGAGAGACAUGCAGAGGAUAGAGAGCGUGCUGUCCUCCGAACAGCUCCGCCAGGUGGAGGAGAUGAAGAAGAAGGACCAGGAGGAGGAUGAAAAGGAGAGGCUGAGCCUGGUGAAGGACCUGCAGGAGGACGACGGAGGAGACAACACAGAGCCUCUGGAGGACUUCCUCGGGCUGAGCGUGGAGGAGCCUCAUGCCAACCACAGCGCUCAUGGUUCCUUACACUCCUUAGACACUGACGUAGUGGCCGGGGGCCCCUCUGACACCUAUAGGGACAACCUGCGGAGAGUCCAGUCGACAGACAGCCUCGGUUCCUCGCUAUCUUCGCAGCAGGGACUCGGCGGUCACAACCACAAGGCCAAGUCGGCCAGCAACCUGGACGAAUCGGACUUCGGGCCCCUGGUGGGGGCGGACUGCAGCGUGGCAGACAGUAGUUUUGGUGAGACUUCGUCCAUCGGCUCCAUCAAGCUGACGGCGGGUCACUUCCUGCUGACUAAAGACCAGGAGAAAGCCAUCAAAGCCAUGACGCCUGAGCAGGAGGAGACGGCGUCGCUGCUGUCCAGCAUCUCUCAUGCUCCUGACACCGCUUAUUUACCGCCUGCAGGCUACCGGCUCGUCAGCGACACUGAGUGGAACCUGCUGCAGCAAGAGGUAAAAAACGCUGGCAGGAAGCUCGGCCGACGCUGUGACAUGUGCUCCAACUAUGAGAAGCAGCUGCAGGUCAUUCAAGGACAGGAGGCCGAAACACGAGACCAGGUGAAGAAGCUGCAGGCCAUGCUGCGGCAGGCCAACGAUCAGCUGGAGAGGACGAUGAUGGAGAAACAAAGUCUAGAAGAAUCAGUAAAAGUAGGAAAUGAGGAAACUGCUGCUAAGGUGUCAGCCUUCAUGCAGAGAGUCCAGGAAUCAGAAACGCUGCUCAGCACGCUACAGCAGGCCUUCAGUGAGGCUAAGAGGAACACACAGGAGCAGAUGGCGGUGCUGUUGAAGUCGAGGGAGCAGGUGGCGGAUGAACUAAGCAGACUACAGAGAGACAAUGAGAGCCUGCAGGGUAAACACAGGCUGCAUGCAGAACUACAGCAGCAAGAAGACUUCCAGAUGCCCAAUACUGUGCAGGAUCUACAAGGCCUGGUGCUGCAGCUGCGGGACGACGUGGUGGCGCUGCGAACGUCGGCCGAUCACUUGGAGGAGAAGCUGAAAGCCCAGAUCCUGUUCCUGAAGGAGCAGAUCCAGGCGGAGCAGUGUUUGAAGGAGAACCUGGAGGACACCCUGCAGUUGGAGAUUGAGGGCUGCAAGGAGGAAAUAGACAUCCUGGAAGCGUCGUUCUCCAGCCUGAAGACGGAGCUGGAGCGAAUAAAAGCAGAGAAGGAGCAGCUGCAGAGGAGUUUAGCUGAGAAGACCAAGACACUGGACAGCAUCCAGAGAGUGACAAUGAGCCUGGAGCAGCAGCUUAAAGACGUCACCAGCGCCAAGGGUGCGUUAGAAAGUCAGGUCCUCGAUGAAAGAGACAAAGCCCAGCGGCUGCAGACUGAGCUGGACGUCAGCGAGCAGGUUCAGAAGGACUUUGUCAAGCUUUCUCAGACGCUUCAGGUACAGUUGGAGCGAAUACGACAGGCAGAGUCCUUGGAUCGGAUCAAAGUAAUCCUGAACGACACCAACUUGACCGAUAUCAACCAGCUUCCAGAGACAUGAUAGCCUCAGAACGAAAACUGGCUUCAGUUCCAUCCCCCUCUGUCCCUCUGACCGGCCCGCUAACACCAUAAUCCGACCCUUCCCGCUGCCCGUAAAAACACUGGAAGAGUUUGGAAGGACAAGAAUCCGAUGCGUUGCAAGGAACUCCUGGCUAGCUGUGUACAUUUCAAGCCUCGGAUAGAAUAAUGAAGAACACUACUAAAACGUGUAAAUGACUAAAUGUGUGAUUGUGGAUUGAGAGGGUGUAAGGCCCUCUCCCUGUGGGGGUCUGUCUGUGUCAUGUUUCUACUGUAGAUACGACUGUCUGUAUUAGCUCAACCAAAAACAAAAGGUUUGUUGUCCUCUAAUGCACUUUUCAUCUCUCUGUCUCCCUCUGUGCUCAAAGUGUUUGAUAACCCACCCCCCCACCCCACACACACACACACAAAUACACACACUUAAAGUGAUAAAUUAUGAAGGAUGGGAAAUACUUGCACAUACUUUAACUGGGAUAAAAGGAACAGAACGUCCUCCGCUGCAUUUUCCUGAUUUUGGCGUUCUUAUUGUCUACCUAUAGUUUUUUCUUUUGAAGAGCGUGUGUGGAAACUUUUGUCACAUUCGAAUCUGAGUUUUUCUUGACUGUCAGAAGACACUAUUUAAAUCCAGGAGCAUGUAGAGAAGAACACAAUAAGUCAACAUAAAAGAGAAAAUAGGAAGGAAUGGAUUUAAGGUUGCUUCUAUUAUGAUUUCCUUUUUUCAGAUAGGCCAAGAAUUGAUGAUCUUAAUGUCUGUUUGAAGAUUUUAGAUGUUAGUGGGCUGCUUUUAGGCUACGAUGGAAAAGCACUAGAAGAAGUGGAUUCUUAACGAGCUGUUUUCUCCCCCCUCUGACUGCUUGUCUUCACUAAACUGUCAUGAAAUGGUUCGUCCAUCACUACGAGAACUUCUGUUGUCUGUGAACUGAUUUCAAUUAAAUAACCCAAAAGUU